AUGAAUUAUCCAAAAUAUUUAGGUGACACGUUUAAGUUUGAUUUUUUCUAAAAGCCACCACUUAUGAAAUAUGCCAUUAAACAUCAGGUUAAAAUAUUAUGAUUUUAGUUAGCCACUAGUUGCGGUUAUAAUUUAGAGAAUUCUGAAUAUUGUCCAUGUUGUGGUCUGAAUGUCUCAAAGAUUUCUUUGCCAUUAUCAAUAAAAAUCUUAGAUCUAGCUUUCUUGGGAUAGGGAGUUCCAUUAUUCUUUAAUUAAAUGAUUUUCAUAAUCCUAAUGUACAUAUUUAUGAUGUUUUGCUUCAUGCUUCCAAACUUGAUCUUUAAUUACUUAGGUAAUGAUUGUAUUUCAGAGAAUAACUAUGCUUAUUAAUUAUGGUAAUAAAAGGGUUGUUUAGAGAAUUGUCCAUUAGAACAUGAGGAUUUCAAAGAAUUUACUAAUAUUUUUACAGAUUGUUAAUAAAUUUGUCAUCAUUAUACAAACAUUUGUAUACGUUCUUAAAUGUCUUAAUUGUCAUUUAUUAAUAAACAAACAAAAUAUUAAUAAAAAAUAAUUCAAUCCUCAUUACUUUUAUGUUCAGUAAUCAUUAUGAAAAUAAUUAUGGUUUUGAUUAGAGAAAAAUAGAAGAGAGUAGAAUUUGCAAUAGAUACAGAAUUAUUAUCGCCUUCUGAUUUUACAGCUAUUUUGAAUCAUUUACCUAAAAAUAAUUAUGAUGAGAAAGAAUUGAAACAUGCUUUAGAAUAGUAUUGUUAAGAAUUUGAUCCAAAAAAUUAAUAUGAAGUUGUUAAAAUUAAUAUAGCUUAUGAUAUAUCAUAAUUUAUAGAUUAAGGAAGAUAAAAAAUUGAAUUAGAAAAACAAUUAGAAAAAAGCACAACAAAAAAUAAAUAAUUUGUUAAAUUAAAUAAAUAUCAUAACUUUAAUAGAUAAUUGAAUAUGAAAUUGAAAAUGGUUGUUACAGAUAAACAACUCCUAUAGCUUUCAUAACAUUUUAGACUAAAAAGCGUAUACUAAAAUUUAUUUAUGAUAUAGAAUUACAAAAUCUAUUAGAGUAGACAAAAUUAUCAUAUUGGGAAGUAUUAAUGAUUGCAAUAAAGUCUCUUCUAAAUAAGAAAGAUAGCAAGGGAUUCUAUUUUAAAGGACAAUUGAUCUAAAUCAACAGAGCUCCUGAACCAGAUGAUGUAUUUUGGGAAAAUUGUGGUAUCGAUUAAAAUACUUAAUUCAAAAGAAAAAUUCUAAGUUGGUUUGUAAUAUUAUUUUUACUCGGUUUAUCUCUUUGUACUUUAUAUGGUUUAAAUGUCUUUUAAGUAACUAUUUCUAUUAAACAUAGAAUAGUUUCUUAUUGUCAAACAAUAACUAAUUUUUUAUAACAACGAUGGUAUCAUUUUCAAAAUCCUUAAUCAUAACAAUAGUGGAUAGUUUUAUAUAUUAUUUUAUAACUUUAUUGGCUAAUUUGGAAAGACAUGGUACAAAGACUUAAUUAGAUACAUCAAUAGCAUAAAAGUUAAGUUAUGUUCAAUUUGUAAACUCAUGUUUACUUUUAAUAAUAAUAAACAUAAUAGGAACUUACAAUUCAUUAUUAAAAUAUCAUCCAAAUUAAUUAAGUAAUCUUGCAAUUUAAUAAUAAGGAGGUAUUGCUGAUGAUAUAGUGUAUGUUUCAGGAACAAACGCAAUUCUAAUAACUUUAUCUUUAUAUUUCAAUCCUAUUUAUUUAAUUCAGAAAAUAAGAUAAUUAAGAAUAGAGAAAAAUUAAGAUAUUAAUUAAUUUUAAGCAAAUAAAUUAUUUGAAGGUCCAUAAGUUCAAUUUUAUGAUCAAUAUUCUUAUUUAUGUAAAACUACAUGGCUUUCAUUUUUUUUUGCUCCACUUAUCCCAUUAUCUGUUCUUUUUGGAUUUGUAGGAUUGAUGAGUUAUUAUUGGAUUUAAAAGUAUUUAUUAUUAAGAAGAAAUUCUAAGCCUCCUUUUUAAAGUAGUCAUCUUGAUACAGAAAUGCUUUAUUUAAUGGAUUUAAGUCCAAUUCUAUUUGCGACAAUGUAAUUUUGCCUUGAUUUUAUUUUUAAUUCUGGAAAAAUAUGUUAAACUAUAAAUUUAACAUCCCUUGCUCUAUCUGGAUUGGAAAUCAUAUUACCUUCAUAUAGAAUACAUAGAAUGUUGUUUAAGGAUUUGAAUGAAGAAGAAGAUUCUAUUAGAUAUGAAGAUGUUUAUUUAAAAUUGCCAACUGAUUAUGAUAGAACCAAUCCACUAACAUAAUAAAAUGCACUUUCUGAGUUUGUUAAAAAUAAAAUGAAAAAAUAAUCAUCUCCUUUAAAAAUAUAAUUGUCUUCAAAUCUAGGGAAUUAAAGAUCAAGAAAAAAUAAGGCUUUAUAAGAUUUGAUCUACAAAGGAGUUUGUGAACCUAAAAAAAUUAGAAUGAGAAUAUUGAAAUAAAAAUUAAAAUUGGUUUUAAAAAUGAGAAAAUUUAUAAGACCAUCUAUUUUAGAAGGAAAAUAAAUAGAAAUUAAAUUAGAUUGUCUAGAAAAAGUGGAAUCUUUAAGAUCAAGUGAUUUAAAUUCACCAACAUAUUUAAAAGCUCCAGAUUAUAAUUUCUAUUAAUUUGUUCACAUUAAACCUUAAUAAAAAACUAUAUUAAGGAGAGGUGAAACUUUAGAAGUCAAUUCAAUAUCAUCUUAAAAUUAAAGUGCAUAUUUGAAUACUCCACAAUAUUACUUUGGUUCUAAGAGAAAUUCUGAUUAUGCUUAAAUUUAAAGCAAUAAAUUAUCAUAAACUUGA